AUGGCGCGUGCUACUCGUGUGUCUGCACCCCGGAAGGCGCUGCUGCUCGCCGGCGCUAUCCUCGCCUGUCUCGCGCACAACCUCGUGCUCGCCCCGCUGGUCCACGCGGCGCCGUCCGCUGCGGCUGCGCCGGGCUUCGACACCGCCGAGGCGCAGCGGCUGCUCCUCGCGCUCUGCGUCGGUGGGCCACGCAUCGCGGGCUCGCAGGCGGCGUCGGCCGCCGUGGCGUUGCUCCUUCGCGAGCUCGGCGCCGUGAGCGAGUUGGCCAGGGCUGCCGGCGCCACGCUCGAGUUUGAGGCGGUCGACUCUGGGCAUGGCUCCUUUGAGACGGACUUUCUCGACGGGUUCACAAACUCUUACCAGGGCGUGGUCUCGGUCGCGGCGCGGCUCACCUGGCCUGGCGCGGCGCGUGAGGCGGUGCUCCUCUCGAGCCACUUCGACACCUGGUCGAGCUCGCCCGGCGCGUCAGACGACGCGGUGCACGUCGCCACCACGGUCGGUGUGCUCCGCGCCCUCGCCGCCGGACCGGCGCGAGGCGUGAGCGUGCUCGCCUUCUUCUCGGGAGCCGAGGAGUCGAACUGGGUCGCGGCGCACGCGUUUGCGACGCGGCACCGCUGGGCGGCCGACUACCGCGCGGUGCUCAACCUCGAGGCGAUCGGCGCCGGAGGCGACCUCGUCGCCUUCCAGAUGGGGCCGCGUGCCGGCUGGCUCGCUUCUGCGCUCGGCGACGCCGGCACGCAACGCGGCUCCGUCUUCGCGCACGACCUCUUCCAGAUCCCCGGGUUUCCGGCCGGCGACGACUUCAAGACGCUCACGGUCGACGGGCCGUCGGACGUCGUCUACUUCGACCUCUACGGGCUCGCGUGGGUCACCUACUCCGCCUCGACCGGCGCGUGUGGGCUCGGUUCGGCCUACCUCCCGGCGUACUACCUCGGCGUCAACGGCGCCGCCCUCCUCGGCGCCGCCGUGCUCAUCGCCGUGCUCCUCCCCAUCACUGCCCGCUCCGGCGCGGUCUUGCCGACCGACCCGCUCGUCGCCGUCGUCUACGCCGUCACCGCCGUUUGCACAUCGUCGGUGCUGGUCGCGCCGUUGCCGCGCCGGGUCGCGGCUCGCUCCGCCGGCGGACUCGGCCUCGUGGCGGUGUGCUGUGUGUGCUUCGCCCUCGGCUCUCGCGCGAGCCCUUUCACCGACGCGACGCCAAAGCGGCUCGUGGUGCAGCACAUCUACCGCGAGCUGGAGGGCGCGCCGCACUCGUCUGGCCUCUGGGUCUCCGCCUUCGACUUCUCCGGCCUGCGCGAGCUGCGCGAGACGCCCGCCGCCGCCGCGUUGUUGCCCGCCGGCGCCGUCUUUGCCACCACUGUGGCCGGCCGGAGCGUCAAACCGCCCCCCAUCCCGCAGCGCAAGCGCCGCCUCCACUUUGCCUUCCUCACCUGCGGCAGCGGCGGCGGCGCGGAGCCGUGCUUGUGGGACCUCACGCUGGUGGUCAACGGCUCGGCGCCGCUGCCUCUCGCCGUGACCGGCCACUACCCCGACAUUGCCGACACUCCCGAGCUCGAGGCCCUCUCCGAGGCUCUUCCCACCGAGCUGCGCGCCGACUGGCACUGGUUCAGCUCAAUGGUUCAACGGGUCGACCUGCCGGUGGGGGGCGCGGAGACUGUGGCGUACUCGUAG